CAGCGGAUGUCGGGUGUAACGUUGAGUCCUACUACUUCCACGGCCUAAGCUACUGCAGACGAGUUCGCUCGCUGUUUUUAUGAUCUUUAAAUGAAACGGAACGCGAGAUCACGCGCGCAAGAGUACCGUCGUGUGCCAAUGCGUCCUUCGCGAUAUCGCCUUGAAGAAAUAAAAAAAAUGCGCAAACUCGUCGCGAAAGUUUAAAAACCAGAAACUGGAGCCGAUGUAAUCGCGAUAUAUUUCGCAUUCUGAUCAAUGGAUUAAAGAAGAUAUUAAAGAAGAAGAGAUGAUCUAAAAAUACAACAGACUGUCAAUAAAUUUAAAGCACAGACAUUUGAUACUUGAUCAAAGUAAGAACAUACUUCGGAAACAGUUGUUGAGUUAUGACACGUCUGCAUUAUGCAUUAGUAAAAGAGUAAAACGGCGGAGCGCAUUCUUCAUUCUUCUCGCGCGGGAAAGAUCAAUGUGAUCGUAAACGGUGUUUCGGCGUUCAUGGUCCGGUUCGUUCGGCUUUAGUACACAACGAUGAUCUGCUGAAUUGACGAUCGUAGUGGAUCGAUGAUACCUUGACACUUCAUAUUGCGUCACAGUGUUCGAAACUCCAAACGAACGAAGCGAGCUAUAGCGAAACCAUGCUCCGUGAAAGCAGCGAAGGGCGAUUUUGGUGAAAAUGUGGUAUCACACCGUCUGAGCGAGACACGAACGAAAAAGACUUCGGUUAAAGCCGCAGAGUGUGUGGGUAGUGCACGUGAGCAAAAUCAAGAGUUGUGUGCGUGAUCGUGUGUUGCCUCUUGGGCCUCUGUGGCCACGCAGAAACGAGAAAGAACGAAGAAAUGGCGGAAAACAGUAGUCAUGUCGUACCGGAAAGCAUUGUAAUUCAAUCCGAAGACGAGGAGCGACGAGAGGAACUAUAUCCCAACGCGGUGGAGUGCAAGAACAUCGCUGCAGAGGAUUACGACACGAAAGACGAGAGGACGACUAGCGAGGAGCGGGAGGAAGCGAAUCAUCGUAAGGAGGAAACCAGAUUGGACCGAGAGCAAAGAUUACAAACACAGACGCAGCCGCAAGUGCAGCAGGCCGACACGCAAGCCGACAGGAAAGCUGAUGCGAAUCCGGAUCAUGUAUUGGAUUCAACAUUCAACAGUCAAAGGGUGUACAAGAAAUCCUCACCAAAUAAUAAAUUGACGCUUUACCUAGCCAGCAGGGAUCUUAUUGUUACUGAAGACAGGAUCGAUAAACUCCAGGGUGUCCUUUUAGUUGAUCCCGAUUAUUUACAGGAGAAAAGGGUAUACGGUCAAGUGACGCUAACUUUUCGCUAUGGAAGAGAAGACGAGGAGGUAAUGGGCCUAAAAUUUUGCAACGAAGCCGUCAUGUGUCUCGCCCAAUUGUAUCCACCCUACACAGGAUCUGAUCACCAAGAAAGCACGACUCCGUUGCAGGAGGCACUUGUCAAGAGGCUGGGACCCAACGCGCACGCAUUCACUAUGGAAAUUACUCCGUUGGCUCCACCAUCCGUGCAACUGGUACCGGCCAAAGAAUACAAUGGCGCACCGAUAGGCACCAGCUACGAUGUCAGAGCUUACAUCGCGGAGCGUGCGGACGAAAAAUUACAUCGUAAAAGCACCGUCAGAAUGGGCAUUCGAGUGAUUCAGCGAACCGUGAAACCACCUUUACCCUCGACAACUAUGUACAGCGUGCCUCUCUCUCAAGUGCCAUCAAUUGGUUCGAGAUGUCAAGCGAGCAAAACAAGAAUGGAAAUCGAAAAUGAGAUUAUCGAAGAUGCAGAGAACGUGGGACCACAUGCAGCAGUAGAAAAGCCAUUUCUAUUAAGUGACGGUCGCGUCGGAUUAGAAGCAAGGCUAGAUCGUGCGAUCUACGCUCACGGAGACUCAAUCACUGUCCACGUCAAUGUCAACAACAAUAGCAGCAAGUCCGUGAGGAGAAUAAAGGUAUUCGUCGUACAACACGUGGACGUAUGCAUGUUUAGUAAUGGCAAAUUCAAAAACGUUGUGGCCCUCGUGUCCUCGCAAGAAGAUUGUCCCGUGGGCCCAGGUGGUACUUUGAAGAAACCUUAUACUCUCAGGCCUAUUAAGGGCUCGACUAAAAAUUGGAUCGCCUUAGAGGAUAGUUAUACGAAAACCGGAGCGAUUCUGGCGUCAACGGUCGUUUGUCCUGGGAACGGACCGGAUGAUAGGAACGUCUUUGCGAUUUACGUGUCUUAUUAUGUAAAGGUCAAACUCUUAAUCUCGGCGAUGGGCGGUGAAGUGUCUUUGAAGCUGCCGUUCGCGCUGAUGCACAGUAACAUAGAUCCGGAUCUCGUGGGAUUCCCAUCUCCUGUUCGAGAACAACCGAAGGAACUUGGAAAGAGCACGAACGAAGUCACGGAGACAUCGGAUAAAUCGGACAACAAUAGUCAUAGAAAUAAGGAUAAUAAGCUGGAUGCUAUUAAGGAGCAAGAGAAGGAGUCGAGGGUGACCGACGUGGAUCUGAUAGAACAUUGCGAAGAGAGUGACAGUACCUGAGAGCGGGCGCAACGAGGCGACGCGAUAUCGCGGCCGUCUGUCAGGAAAAACAGCGAUACGAAGCCUAUCAAGAGUUCAAACCCCAAAGCGUGCAGACUCAGUGUCAGCAUUCAAAGAGCUUGGUGCUGUUUCAGAAGAGCUUCUUAGUAAACGAAAAGUGGAAAUAUUCCUUUCAGAGCCUCGGAGAUUGAGAGCAUUCUAUUAUCAUAAUUUCUCUCUCUCUCUCUCUCUCUCUCUCUUCUUUUUUUCUUUUUUUUUCUUUUUUUUCUUUUUUUUUGAGAAAUAUAUCGCGAAGAUUGUACAAGAUAUUAACGGAACAAACGGUGCAUAAUAAGUCUUGUCAAUUCCUUCUAGAAUUGGUGGUUAUAAACAUAAACGUAAGGAUUUCGUAUGCUUGGAGAAAAUAAAGUAAAAAUUCGAAAGUUAUCGAAUUAUAUGAUCUUGAAAAGAAAGAUAAAUUUUGACAACUCACUGCGCUUUACAUUUCAUGGAGAAAAUUUUAUAAAAGCGAGAUUGCGAAAGAUUUUAAAAUAUCAAGUAUCGAAAAGUUGUGUGUUAUGCGUUCAUUUCGUAUUGUCACAUAAAUCAUGACAGGAUUUGAUCGAUGAAAGACGAAUAUUUAAAUAAAAAUAUCAUCGCUGCAAUUAAAUGUGUAAAGUUACAAGCAAGUUGCUAUUAACGUAUCAUAUCGAAAUCAUAUUCAGUAUAAAAAAAGAUAAAUUUAACUAAAAAGAUAUAAUUUCCUAACGCAGCAUGACAAAUCUUUUCUUAAAACCUUUUCUUUUUUAUUAUGUGCGAAGAAAAUCUCCCAAGAGAUACUCUUAUAUAUUUACACACUGUUUUUUGGAUAAUGUUAAGAUAUUAUAUGUAACAUAUUCUUAUAAUCUCCGAAAACUAUCACUUAAAGCUUUGCUAAAUGUAAAUUGCUUAGAUUUUUUUUGCAUUCGUAUCUUCCUACUCGUCUAAUGUGUAAAAAGUUUCCUACUGCCACCUUAAUCAUUUACAAUCAGAUUCUGCAUUGAAUUAAUUUCGGAAAGAUAUAAAAGAAUGAACGAGAUGUGUGUUCAUUCUUCGCACUCAUUCACACAAAAAUUUACCUGCGUCUACACAAAGUGAUAUAUACCGAAUUAAAAAUAUCAAGUAUAUUUUUCCAAAGAGGUGGAUAUCUAUUUUUUAUUAUAAAUAUCAAUGUACAGGUUAUCCCACUAUCACUGGAUAAAAUUUUAAUAAUAUAUGUUAAAGGGUUAAAU